ACCAUUAUGGCGGCUCCCACUUGACAAGUUGACGACUUGAUGUAAACAAACCGGCCUCCGGGCUGAAACACCAACUGUUAACUGUGAUAUACUCAUACAUCUGUCACGAUGUUGCAUGUAACUACAGAAAUAGGAGUACCAGGAAAACAAGAGCGUGAAAGGCGCCAUUUUCCAGACAUUAACAAUCGCCCAGGACACACAGCUUACACAGCAAGAGGCCGGAGAUAUAUCCCACACAAUUAUGGCCGUUAUGAAGAAUGGAGGCCACAUGGAACUUUUGUUGAUGUAGAGUAUACAAAUGCGGGUCCAGACUGGGAGUCAAGGUUACGGUACCUGCCGCAUCCGAAGAACCCUCACUAUCCUGCUGCUGAAAUAUGGCCCAAUAACUGGUGGUCUAUGAGACCAUACCCAUACACUUAUAUGAGAAGUAAAAGUGAGUGGCUUUUGGACCCAGACCACACACAGAUCGGAAUGAGGUGUAUCUUUAACGGACAGCAUUCAGCCACCAAGACCUCCCAUGAUGAGAUCACCCAUACCAUGCGAUUUGGGAAAGGCAGGAAUGUGGCCGAUAUUCAAAUGCGUAACUGUAUCCCGGAGGCAUCGCCAGGUGACAAGUCCUACCAGGCGCCAGAGUUCUCCAGCUCCUUCCACAGACUGGGAUCCACUAGACCCUUAGUCAGCUUCAGUACACCUGUGUCUGUGAUUCGUAAACCCGACACUUUUGUUCCACUGCACACAAUGUCUGCGUUCCCCAGGGAGACAUACAAACAGAAGGAGCAGAAACGGUCGAUGGAUGACGAGGUGAUGCUGGUACGGAAACUGGACGACUGGAAGCCUGCCACGCCCCUCCCUCUCACCCUCCCACAGGAGGACAAGGAGAAGGAGAACAAGAAAGAGAGAUAAACAACAAUCACUUCAGCAAUUCAACAACAAACCACCACUUCAGGGAGGCAACAACUGCCUCUACAGUGAUGUCUCCCAUCAUGACUUAUUGCCAGUCAUUGCUGUUUUUGUCAGAACAAGGAAUGGUUCUCCUGUGCUAUUUCUUAUCUACAUGGAACAAUUAUUACUGAAUCACAUAUCCAGGAAUAAACAAGUUUUUUCUAUGAAAAAUAGUAAAUCUAUAAGCUGCGAUAAAAUUUUAAUUUAAAACCUGCAAUGAAUUAUUUGCAAGAAGUUUUGAUUUAUUCAUUGUAUUUAUUAGUCACUUAAUAUUUUAAUGUUGAUUAACAUUUAUUUCUGAUAGAUCACAUUUACCUGCAAUAUGGCCAGGCGUCAGUACUUCACACUCGUGUCUCCUCAGAUGUUGACCUGGUCUUUCUGUUGUCGACUUCAAGAUCCAGUUUUUAUUAAUUAUUUGACUGGCCUACAGUUGAGUAAACUAAGAACAACAAAUUUUGUGGCUUACAUCCCUUUUGGAGUUUGAAAAGGUGAUGAAGAUGUCAGUAUAUUCACUGAAAAUACACAACAGUGUCAGUGAACGUGUCAUCUAUACAACUGCUUAUCAAGUUUUUGUUAAUGUCAUUACAAUGAUUAUUUCAAUCAACCACAAAUUUAGUAGGAUGCACACAUACUGUUCUUGAGUGCAGACAGUCGCAGUGAGGUUUUAAAUGAAAUUGUAGAAUAUAGUGUAAAGAACCUAUCUCACAAAAACUUUCAGUGUGAUUACAAAAUAUUAAUCUGUGCUUUUCGUUUCGCUCUUCAUCUGUUUGAAGAGACAUUGUUACUGAUGUUAGUGUGUUGUAUUUGUUAAACAAUUUCAUUCAUUUUUAAUUCCUGUCAUUUGGUUACAAAAUGUUAUUUCAUCUGAAAAGUUAAUUUUAUCUUAUGUUUUAUAUCGCAGCUUCUUGGGGUCAUUACUUGCCAGGUUCCAUUGUAUUGACCUAUUAAAAUAAGGUUUUAACUUCUAUGACCUCCAUUGCUGUGUAAUAUGGCUGCACACUCCCUGUCUUUUUAAUAAGGAAUGAGUUAAUUGAUCUAUGCCAACUUUGAUCCACGUUAGAAUUGAUUUCAGUUACCCAUGCUUGCCUUAAGAGGCGACUAAUGGGAUCAGGUGGUCAGGCUCACUGACUUGGUUGACACAUAUCAUCGUAUCCCAGUUGCAUAGAUUGAUGCACAUGCUGUUGAUCACUGGAUUGUCUGGUCCAGACUCAAUUAUUUACACACCACCACCAUAUAGCUGGAAUAUUGCUGAGUGCAGGGUAAAACUAAACUCUCACUUAUUCUUUUGGCAUGUCAUCCUUUCCCACAAUAACGACUUAUAUUUUACUGCUUUUAAACAUUAAGCUGAAUGUCAUGCCACAUGCCAACAAAUACUGCUAGUGUAAAGGGGACAAUUCCUUUAACCUCAAAACAUAUUUUUCACCAACUUCUGAAAUUUGAUUCUGACAAACAAAAUUCAAAGCAGGUCAUUGUCUCCAUGCAGUAAUUAACUUUGUAUAAAGAACAAAUAUUGAAUGAAAAUAGUUUGGUGACAAAUUAAACUCAAAUAACUCAUAUAAACUUGAUAAAUCUGUUCUUUAGAUUGGGGUAAAAUCUUAUCAUUGCUCUUCUUUACUCAACUUGAUUUACGAACUUGUAUACAUGUGAAAACGUGAGGCUGUGUCAGAAGUUGACGACAUGUAACAAUCAACAUGUGAGCAAACACUGAGACAGCAUUGUUACUGUUCUAUUGUUCUGUUAGAGUUAUUGUAUACUAAACCACACUCAAUGUUGCUUCAUGCAGAAUGCAUGACUAUAUAUACAUUUUCAUACUUCUAUAUUUACAAAUAUGUAUUCUUCCAGUGUUGGGUUUGAUUGCCAGUAUUAAUAUAAAUAUAAUAUAUUUAUUGUAACUAUUUCAUAUAAAUAAAUAUAUAUGCCUGAUUGCUCAUAACUAUUCUUCCAUGACAUUUUACUGCUUUUAAUAAAUAUGUUGAUCAAUUCAAAAGAAAGAUAUUUAUUCUGAUCUCAGUAUUUGAAGCCUUUUUAUACAAUGCAUACAAUGUACUGUAUCUAGUAAUCACAUGCAUGUACUCAUGAUUAUUUAAUAUGUGAUAUAUAUUUUGAUACUUCUCAUAAAUUGUGAAAAAUGAUCAAUAGAUGUAUUUGUUACUGAAGUACCUCAGUUAUCACAAAUUGUGCCUUCAGUAACCGUUAAACACCACUGUGUCUAAGUUGACGAGAUAUUUUGAGAUAUCCAAGGUUUGAGAAACCCAUAAAUGAUGGACAAAUAAGGAAUAAACUGGAACAAUUUAUCUGAGAUAUCUUUAAGUUUGACACAACAGUGUUUAUGAUAAGCGCCACUUAUCAGGCCUGCACUAAGCAUACAGUAUUUAUAAUAUAAUAAUAAUAAUGAAACUUGAUAUAGCGCUAAAUCCAACCUCUAAGUGGGUGCUCAAAGCACUAAAAAACUUAUUGUUAUAAGUCAAAUGCUCUGUUCUUGAUUAUGCCGGUGUAAUAUAUAGUUAUGGUAUAUUUUUGUAUACUAGUGACUAGUAUACUAUUUCUCUGUGUAUCACUUUAUAACAUUUCAUUUAUUGUAUAUUAAGUUAUGAAGCAAGUCAGUAUUAACCCCAGUUGUACAGUUUUCAGUACAUUAAAGGUGUUUGUGAUAUUUAUUUUUGCCUCCCUACUGCUCAAGUUUCUCAGUAUUAUUGCACUGCUUUUACUUGUGUAUGUACAGACCAGUAACAGUGAAACCCUUUUAAUCUGGAAACCCAGCUUUCAGGACAGUUAUUAUCAAGAAUGGUAAUUGUGAAGGAGAUACAUGUAUUACCAUUGUAUGUGAGAUUCAUUAUUCUUAACGAUUUGCUGGGCAAAUACCUUCUGAAGUCUGGUUUGGAUGGAUGAACCGUCUCCUUUAAGAUGAGCGCCAACUGCCUUGUCAAUGUCAAUACUGCACGUAUUUGUGAAAGAGUUACUCUUUUGUGUUGCACUUUGAUGUGUGAAAACUGCUAAAGAUGUAUUUUAUAAUGCAAUUGCUCAUAGAGAUUAUCACCUAGCAACAUGUGUGAUGUGAUACCUCAGUGUCUGUCUAGAUGUGCCACAUUUGAAUUGUCUCCCCUUAUUAACAAAUGGAGUAUUUUAAUACAAAAUAUGACAGCAUAUUUGUGAUUCAAAUAAAUCAGAAAUAUAGUCUAUAGUGGUACUGGUACUUCGAAUGUGAUGUCAGAUUGGAAUGUUUUGUUUCUAAAAAUAACUUAAUGUUUUUUUAUUGAUUCCCAUAUUUGUUUCCAAGGAGAGUAAAUCAUUUGUUUAGAUUAUUUGAAAUAUUAGCUGUAAAAGUGUAUCAUUCAGCAUUAAUGCCCCAGCUUGUCAUUAUGUGGAUGACAAAGAUGGAGUGACAUAAUUCAAAAUCAGGCGAUUUGAUAAAGUAUACAAGAUUAAUAUUGCUCCUUUUGCAAUGAUAAUAUAUUUUGUAUAAUCUACAUAUUAACCAAGCAAAUUGCCUAUAUGAUACAAUAUUUUCCAUGUUUUUUAAAUUUCUUACAAAACAUGAGAUGAUCUUUUUCAGAAUUGUUUCAUUGAAAUAUAUUUAAAGAUUCAUAACAA